GCUCGGACUCCAUAGCUGGGCCAGGCCCACGGGACAUCGCCAAGACAAUGGCAACAGGGAGUGGGCUCUCCAGGGCGGCAGAGGCAGUAGCGUGGAACGACAUUUUGGUCCAAUGUUAUGACAAAUACGGCAACCCCACAGUGGCGGCCCCUGGAGAUACGGUCACGAUGGAGAUAUCUGCCCCUUUCCAAGUGGAUAAGGAGGAAUUCUUACCCGUCGGGAACGGCCAGUUCACAGGCAGAUAUCAGCCAUAUGACGAAGGACAGUUUUCUGUCAGCAUUUCGAUUGCCGGAACUCAGCUUGCAGGAAGCCCGUUCAAAGCUGAGGCCAAAACAGAAAAUGUGCUGCCAAACAGAUGUGUCGCAACUUUGGUUCCAGCUGAUAUGCUCGUAGCCGGCGAAAUUGGACGCGUGAAAAUAGCAUACAAUUCGAGCAAACUGCGCUUGCCACAAGGGAGUGACUUUGGAGUCAGCCUGGUUCGAACCACAAGUUCCGCCACCAUUGCAUCGGCCGCCUUUUUGGUUUGGAAUGUGGCAGCAACCGACAGCUCUGGCGUUGUGACGGGAGUGUACGCCCCUGAAGAAAGCACACGUGGCGUGGUUGUGUUCAAGUACUCCAUCACCGAAGCCACGACGACAUACAUUGCAUCUGCUCGCCUGCAUGGCACGGAUGUCACCGGAAGUAAGGCCACAAUAACUGUCGUUCCAGGUCCUGGAGACGAGAGGAGACUACGGAGAGAGGCUAGGGAGAGGGCAGCAGUGAGGAGAGGGAGGGACGCUGUGGUCAGUGCCAGGUCUAGAACUAUAGUUAGUGCAGGUGCAACCAUGGCCACCUCCUCCAUGUCGCAGGCCUCUUCACAGGCCACUUUGUCAGGAUUCAGUCAGAGUGGUUCUCAGGCUUCCGUUAGCCAGAGUGUUGGUUUGCAAGUCAGCCAACAUGCUCAACUCACGCCGGAGGAUUAUGAGAUCCUCCAAGCAGAAGAACUUCAGGAUGAGCUACAGCGGCAGUUGGAUGAGGCAACAGAGAGAAGAAGACGAGCUAUAAUGAGAAAAGUUAGACUAGGAAGUAGGUUACAGGAGUUACGCAAACUAGAAGCAUUAGAUGAGUCGACACUAGACCCUGCUAUGCGAGCACUGCGGAAUUCGCUCCUGUGCGUGGCGGAGACACAGGUUGUGCGGCAGGAGGUGCUGGCUGAACUAGUCGCAGGCGAGAAACAAAUCUUGGCUGCACUGUAGGCUCCUCGUCCAUUGAUGAGACAGCCGCAAUAUGUUGUAG